AUGUUUGGUUCUCUUUUUGCCAAUAGCGAGUCGGAUAGGAAUAGCAAUGAGGAUGAUAAUGAAGAUGAACAAGUGCCAAAAUAUCUUCCCUCUAAAUUAGGCUCUCGAAUAAAAUUAAAAAAUAAUCGGCAGAGUCAUAUUGAUUUGGAGCCAGCAAUGCAAGGAUUUCCAGCAAAAUAUAAAAAAUAA